AUGCCACGCGUGUAUCCUCCGGUCGACGGGAGGCAAACGGGCACCGGAUUGUCACCUUCGCUCGUAGAGACGCUUGCCGGCUUCAGUGCGGGAAUCGUGUCUACUCUGGUUGUUCAUCCGUUCGAUGUCGUCAAAACACGCCUGCAGGUGGACCCGAGCACCACCAGCCAUUUGGGUGACUCGGUGCGGAUAGUUAAGAACAUUGUCAGGAAUGAGGGUGGUUACUCGGCUCUGUAUCGCGGGCUCAUGCCCAACAUGGUCGGAAACUCCGUCAGUUGGGCCCUCUACUUCCUCUGGUACGGCAAUAUCAAAGAUCUGAUCAAGACCGCUCGAGGAAACCCAGACGUUCUCACUUCGUACGACUACUUUCUGGCGUCUGGUGCUUCUGGCAUCCUCACCGCCCUCUGUACCAAUCCGAUAUGGGUCAUCAAAACCCGCAUGCUGUCUACAUCGCGCGACGCACCAGGAGCAUACAAAUCAAUUCGUCAAGGGACAACACAUCUUUGGAAGACAGAAGGCCUGAAGGGGUUCUAUCGUGGUCUCAUACCAUCUAUCUUUGGCGUAAGCCACGGUGCCAUCCAGUUCAUGGCGUACGAACAACUCAAAAAUCACUGGAGCACAAGUCGUGGUGGCAGAGACAACCUCACGAACUUAGAUUUCUUAUUACUGAGCGCCGUUAGCAAGAUGUUUGCUGGCAGUGCCACUUAUCCCUACCAGGUUGUGAGGGCACGUCUUCAAACCUAUGACGCCGACUCGCGUUAUAAAGGUGUAAGGGAUGUUGUCAAACAGGUCUUCCGGAAAGAAGGCCUGAAAGGUUUCUACAAGGGUCUUGGACCUAACAUUGUCCGUGUCCUGCCCUCGACUUGCGUAACCUUCUUGGUGUACGAAAAUACCAAGUUUUACCUGCCUCGCUUCUACCAGGCCUAUGAAGAAGUCAAAAGCGCCGAUUGA